AUGAAUUUCGCAGCAUUGAUUCUUUCGUUUGUACUUGGAUUAGGAAUCGUGCUGACAUUAAUAAGCGACGAUGCUACAAGUUCCUUUGAUGAGUCAGAAAUGACACGUACAACUGCGAAAAUCAUGAGGGGAAUUGGAGUGGUCUUGAUGGUGAUUGGAACGCUCGGAUUUGGAAUUACUAUUGUCGAUGUGUUGAAAAGAGCUCAUCAACGUUUGGCUCAAGGAGAAAAGCGCAAGCUUGAGCAACAAAUUGAGAAGAAAGCUACGAGGUCCGCAACGCUUGGGAAAAUCUCCCCAGCUACAAAAGACCUUGAGAAUGGCGUGCCCAAUGGAGGAUUCACGGAAAUCGUU